UUUUUAGUUUAUGAGUGGCCUAAAUUGUGCAGAAGAAAAUCGAGAAGGAGGUGUUUUUAAAACAUUUAGUCAGAAUAACUAUGGGCUUUGAAAUCAAAAGGUUUCAAGGUGACGUUGACGAAGAACUUAUUUGCCCUAUUUGUUCAGGGGUCCUCGAAGACCCUUUGCAGGCUCCAACCUGUGAACAUGCAUUUUGUAGUGCAUGCAUCAGAGAGUGGAUAAGUCGGCAGCCAACCUGCCCCGUGGAUCGACAGGCAGUCACGUCGAGUCAAUUAAGACCAGUUCCUAGAAUCCUACGAAACCUGCUAUCCAGACUAUGCACAAGUUGCGACAAUGCGCCACAUGGUUGCAGUGCUGUAUUAAAGCUGGAUUCUCUGCAGUCUCAUCUUUUAGAAUGUAAGUAACACUGCUGUGUUAAAAAAAAACCAUCAUGAAGACACAUGGAAUUAGCGUUAUGCUACAUUUUACGUACAUUAAGUACACUAUAUAUAACACAAUUUAAACUAACCAGUCCCAUGGCUUUACACACUGGUAUAACAAGUCAACAAUACAGUC